UCUCGCUAGCGUUGGUCCGCUUCGUGGGAUCCACUGGUCCCCACCGCGACGUUCGAUGGCCUAGCGGCCACGGAGGAGGCUGCACCGUGUGUGCCGCAUUGAAUCCGCGCUGGCGGUUACUGUUCGCCAUCCUAAAUUCUCUCCGACGGUGUCCAAAUUCACCACCCGCCCCCAUUUUCCUCUUCCUCCUCCUCCUCCUCCUCCUCGUCCAGAGCCUCUAAGAAAGAGAGAAGCUUCGAUCCUCUUCGACAUAGAAAGGAGGGAUCUAUAGUGUCUGGGGACCGAAUCCUUUUCCAAUUGGAGUUGAAUUCUGCUGCUGUUGUUGCUUGGGAUCAUGAUCUGAAGGAUUUCUCAAGGAGGAGUAGGAGGUGGAAUGAUGGAGGCCAUUCGGAAGCAGGCCAGCAGGCUCAGAGAGCAAGUAGCAAAGCAGCAACAGGCAGUUCUUAAGCAAUUUAGUGGGCGUUUCGGCCAUGAUUCUGGUCUGGUCGAUGAAGCUGAACUCCAAUGCCACCAAAAGCUUCAGAUGCUCUACACUUCUACAAGAGCAGCAAAGCAUCUUCAGCGGGAUAUUGUGCGGGGCGUGGAAGCUUUUGUUGCUAUUAGUUUAAAACAGAUGGAAAUUGUAAAAAGACUAGCAGAAAAUUGUUGCAAAUAUGGAAAUGAGAAUCAAAGUUCCGGUUUUGCUCUUGCGAUGGCUUCUCUUGACUUUGGUACUUCCCACAUUUUGAUGGAAAAAGAGAGGGAGAAUCUUCUCAACACUCUUGGAGAUCAGGUCUUUGAGCCAUUACGGGCAAUGAUAAUCGGAGCUCCUUUGGAGGAUGCUCGCCUUUUGACUUAUCGUUACGAACGGAUCAGACAGGAUGUGGAAUCUCAGACAGCUGAAGCCAUAAGACGCCAACUGAAGUCCAGGGAAGUUGGUGCUAGUGCGGAUAGUGCAGCAAAACUUCAAAGUGCAGAAUCAAAAUUAUCAGAACUUAAAGCUACUUUAUCGGCCUUAGGGAGAGAAGCAACUGCUGCUAUGAUGGCUGUUGAAGCUCAACAACAACAGAUAACUUUCCAACAACUGCUGGCAAUGGUUGAUGCUGAGAGAGCUUAUCAUCAAAGUGUUGCCAAUAUUCUAGACAAACUCCGUGCUGAUAUGGUUCAAGCAAAGCAGAAUAGUGAGUCCAUGUUACAGUCAAAAACAACCAAGACUAAUAUGCAUUCUCAAACAGUAAAUGAAGAUCCAAAGUCAAGUCAAUCUGCUGGUCUCUUACAGUCAACAGAAACUGAGACUCUUAUGCAUUCUCCAACUAGAAAUGAAGAUCCAAAGUCAAGUCAAUCUGUUGAUCUCUUACAGUCAACAGAAACUGAGACUAAUGUGCAUUCUCAAACUAGAAAUGAAGAUCCCAAGUCAAGUCAAUCUGCUGAUAUUCCAGGAAAUGGUCAGACUACUACAUAUGUGGUUGCAGAAAUGGUUAAAGAAAAGCAGCAUAAUGAGUCCACGUUACAGUCAAAAACGACCAAGACUAAGAUGCAUUCUCAAAUUGUAAAUGAAGAUCCAAAGUCAAGUCAAUCUGCUGAUCUCUUACAGUCAACAGAAAAUGAGACUAAUGUGUAUUCUCAAACUAGAAAUGAAGAUCCCAAGUCAAAUCGAUCUGCUGAUAUCCCAGCAAAUGGUCGGACAACUACAUAUUUUGUUGCAGAAGUUAUUCACCCUUUUGAUGCUCAAGCAAAUGGGGAGCUAAGUCUCUCAGUUGGUGAUUAUGUUGUGGUCCGCCAGGUAGUGUCUAAUGGAUGGUCUGAAGGUGAAUGCAAGGGAAAGGCUGGCUGGUUCCCCUCUGCUUAUAUAGAGCCACGGGACAAAGCCCCGGCGAGCAAGGUGAUAGAGCCGUCCAUGUUGUCAUGAUCUUUCCUAUGCAUAUUGAAAUUUUUGUGCAGGUGUUUCAUGAUUGUCCUCGUCCCCGGUUUUCUCCAAUCCUCCAUAAUUUUCAGCACCAGAUUUCCUCAUUCCUCUUCCUACUUUUAUUUUGUCAUUGCUGUCUGUUGUGUAUGUGAGAGUCCGAAUUUUUUUUCUUCUUUUUUUGUGCUUGUUUUCUGGGUAAAUAUGAGUUGUAUAUGAAGUAUGAUUGUGUCAAUAAUUGUUGUAUAGAUUAGGUGAUGCUUGAAGAAUUGAAUAGUUUAAACUUGUUAGUCAUAUUGUUUAUCAUGGUAGCCAACUUCAAUCUAAUCAUGGGAAACUGUCAGUCCCGUGAA